AUGUAUAAAGAACGAAUGGUUCAUAAGAAUGAUAUGACAGCUCUAGAGCAGCAGAUUGAUACUUUUUUACCAUCGUUGGACCUUAGAAAGGCAUCUCAGUUCUCAAAACUAUCUCGUCAUUUAGUGUUAGACGAAUCCAACGCGAGUAACGAGAAUCUUGGUGUAGAGUACUUAUGUGGCAGUGAUGAAUCCGACGACUACGAUGAGGAAUAUACAGCAGAAGCUUACUUAGCCAGGUUUGGCCAAGGACUGCAGCAGCUAGACUUGCGAAACUUGAUAAACAUCACAAAUCUAGCAUUCUGGAAAGCAUCUUCGCAGAAGGACGGAAAUCCAAUAUCGCAUGCGCUCGACGAUAAUGCACAAAAUUUUUGGCAAAGUGACGGAGCGCAGCCGCAUUCCAUCGAGGCCAGUUUCAGCAAGCGCGUGGAAAUUGUUCAGCUUGCGUUUUUUCUGUCACUAGCCAUAGACGAAUCAUACACCCCUCAGAUCUUGAAGGUGUACGCUGGUCACAGCUCCUCGGACUCUACCCUUUACAAAACGUUGGAUGUUCGCAAUGUUAACGGAUGGGUUGUGCUUACUUUUGCAGACAACAGACCACAAGACAAGCUUUUAAAGUGUCAGUAUCUGCGCAUAGAUAUUCCCGUGAAUCAUGAAAACGGGAAAGACACCCAUUUGCGUGGUAUCAGAGUUUAUACUCCCUAUCUUCGCACACCAAUCGACGGAUCUCGACUCCUGGAGACUUUUUCACUGGGCCACGUCCUUUCAGAAGGCACUAUACGAUGA